ACAUCGUCAAAAUCUUGACACGUCGCGGCUACGUUUCUCAUUUACGCUAGUCUGCUUUUCGAUUUUUGUCUCGUCUCAGACAAGUCGUUCACGGAGCCAGCCGCACAGAAGUGUUCAAUUUGUGUUUAAUCGCGUAGCAUAUCUAAAGUACUUGUAGUUGACAAUGGCCGAUAGUAAAAACUCUGGAUUUACAAAGGAAGAAGAACUGCUGCUGCAAGAUUUCAGUCGGAACGUAAGCACCAAAUCGAAUGCCUUAUUCUACGGAAAUGGCUUCAUCAUUUCGGCUGUUCCAAUUUGGCUCUUUUGGAGGGUGCAUCAGAUGGAACUGCUUCCGUCGGUUGUGUUCUUCGCAAUCGUGACCGGACUGUGCACCUAUCUAAUGGCAAUGGCCUACCGGAACACUAAGUUCACGUUAAAGCACAAAAUCGCUAACAAACGCGAGGAUGCCGUUACACGUGAAAUGACCGCUUUGUUGGCUGACGACAAAAAAAUCAGUCGCAAAGAAAAGGAUGAACGUAUUUUGUGGAAGAAAAACGACGUCGCCGAAUAUGAAGCAACCACUUUCUCCAUCUUCUACAACAACGCUCUAUUCCUCGCGAUUGUGAUCUUCGCUAGCUUCUAUCUGCUGCGUUCCUUCACACCGACCUUCAACUACAUCCUGUCGGUUGCCGGUGCGGGAGGACUAAUGGCUCUGCUGUCUACCGGAAAGUCUGUGUAAACCAAAAUCACCUCGGAGGACCGUAACAAGCCGUCGUGUGUCAGGCGCGUGAAACAUCCAGUUGUGUUUUUUUUUACUCACUCGUUUUCUGUAGAACUCAAGACUUACAUUUAGAUUAAGCAGGCAGACUUUCGCGGGCAGUGAGUUUAGUUUAACAAUCAUUCAUUUACAAAUGUAUCCAUCGUCGAUGCUGUGCUGAUCGAAGGGCGUCGUUUUUGCCUUUUGCACAAGUAACAGAAACGAGAAUGAACAGCGUUCUAGAAAUGAA